UUUGCUUGUUGCUUUACACGCGUGCGGUUCGCUUGGAUUCGCUCCUCCUUCCGUUCGAGAAAAUAAAUAUAAAGAGUGUGUGUGGUGUGCUCGUCUUUGAAACCGCCAAAGCCGUUUGAUUUGUUUACUCGAAAAAAGAACUCACGGAAAGACAACAAUUCGCGAAAGUGCAGAAGGCAGGAAGAGCCAACUCGCAAACACAAACAAUUCCUUUGCGUUUCGGCCAAGUUCCGUCGGUCGGACGGACGGACGGACGGACGACUAGUACAUAGCGAGAAAUUUUAAGUGCAAAUAAAAACAAUGACGACAGCCAAAUGGAUUUGGCGCUUGGCGCUGAGCAUCUUGCUGGUCCUUGGCCUCGUGGCUGCGGAAAAGCCGAAAGGCUAUCACCGGGAAAUUUGCCAGUAUCGUAAGGGCCUACAUAUCCAAUCAAUGAGCGCUUAUCACAAUCGCCUGAUGGCCGUGAGACAGCAAAUGCUAAUUAGAGCCAGUCUGCUGGAGCCCGAGAUCUAUGGAUAUAUACUGCCCUCCACCGAUGAGCAUCUCAACCAGGAGGUUGCAGAACGCGAUCAGCGCUUGCGAUACCUCUCCGGCUUCACGGGAAUCCGAGCCUUUGCAGCCGUAACCAGUCACGGAGCAGCCAUUUGGGUGGAGAACCGAUAUGCCCAGCAGGCGGAUGGGGAGCUCGAAUGCGACUGGGAGAUCUUCCUCACCAGCGGAAACGUAACGGUGGCCGAUUGGCUGGGAGGCCAUGUGCACGUCGACAAGCGCAUCGGUGCCGAUCCGCACCUGGUGCCCCAUUCCCAGUGGAUUCAGUGGGAGCGGGAGCUGGAGGAGAAGUUGCUAAAGCUGGUCAAGAUCAACAACAAUCUGAUCGAUCUUAUUUGGGGCUCCGAGCGACCGGAAACGCCCAAGCACCACGUGAUCAAGGUGCACCCCAAGCACUUUGCCGGCGAGAGCUGGCAGGACAAGGUCAAGGAGCUGAGGAGGCGACUGGCCCACCUGGGCUGCGAUGCUAUGGUGAUCACCUCGCUGACCGAGAUCGCCUAUCUGCUCAACAUCCGUGGCAACGACAUUCCCUACACGCCAGUGGUGAAGUCCUACGCCAUUGUCAGCCAGGAUGAUGUCUUCUUCUACGUGGACCAUGCCAAGAUCAGCUUGGGCAUAGACUUUCAUCUUCGCACGGACUGCUUCAAUGAGUAUUGUGUAAAGAUUAAGGAGUACAAUCAGGUUUGGAGCGACAUCCGUACCUACGCGCAGAAAUGGAAGCGAGUGCUGGUCUCGGCUCCUUGUGUCCAGGAACUGGGUGCCUCGGAGGCAAUCUACUCCUCGAUGCCGGGUAAAAUCGUCGUGUGGGAGAUCUCGCCCAUCAUCUUCAUGCGGGCGCAGAAGAACUCCGACGAGCAGGAGGGAAUGCGGAGGGCGCACAUCCGGGAUGGAGCCGCCAUUUGCACGGCCAUGAGCAACAUGGAAAACAGGUUCGGCACGGAGCAGUGGACCGAGGAGAAGAUCAAGUACGAGGUGGAGUUGUGGCGUCUGUCCCAGGAGCACGCUAAGAAUCUGGCGAUGAGGACCGUGGUGGCCUACGGCGAGCACUCCGCACUUCCAUAUUACAUAUCCAGCAACGUAACAGACAUCGAGGUAUCCGAUCAGAGUCUGCUGGUCAUCGAGUCCGGUGGUCAGUACCUGGACGGCACAACGGAUGUAUCGAGAACCUUUAUGUUUGGACAACCCACUCAGGAAAUGAAGAAGGCCUACACGAAUGUGCUGGCUGGCAUUCUGCACCUCACACAACUCAAGUUUCCCUCGGAUCUGAAGCCCUCGGAAGUGGACGCCCUGGUGCGCAGCAUGGUGUGGAAGGACAUGACGGACUUUCCGCAGGCAACGGGGCAUGGCAUUGGCUCCUUCAGUUCCGUGGAAGAACCUCCCAUUUCGGUUGCCUAUGGCAAGAACAGCAGCUUCCACUUCAAACAGGGCUACUUCUUCUCCAGCGAAUCCGGCUACUACAAGCGCAAUGACUUCGGCGUCCGUCUGAAGAACGUGCUCGAGGUGGUGGACACCGGACACACGCAUCCCAGCGGAGCACACUUCCUUGCAUUCCAGGACGUCACGAUGGUGCCGUACGAGCCCAAGUUGAUCGACAGCACGCUCCUGAGUGCCGCGGAAAAGCGGCUCCUCAACGAGUACAACGCGAAGAUCAGGAACGAUGUUGGCGGGGAGCUGAAGCGAGUGGGGGACAUGCAGGGCUUCCACUGGAUGAUGACCAAGACGCGGCACAUCCGGGAGUAUUUGCCGGAGGACGAGUACCGAUCGGCGCUUAACGGAGCAAGUGGUGGACCCACCACGAGGUGUCUCAUAUUCAUGGGUCUUCUGAUCGUCCUAUCCGCCAUCCUCCCCACGCAAUCGUAGGGAACCGAAUUUCUUAGUGUACGCUUUCUGUAAUUAUGUAGAUUUAGAUAGCUAUGCAAAUUUAAAGAGAGAAUCUGGGACUAACACGAAAUCGAACCAAUUAAUAACCGCAACUGUUAGUAUUUUAGUAACGUCAUUUGGCAAUAAAUACAAUAUCACUCUGCCACCAAGUUCCCUGUUUAGGAAUAGGUUUUCACUUACACCAAAUACGUAAAAUGAAGUGUAUAAAAUCUUUAAUCGUAAUCGACCAAAAAUAUGUUAAACCUGUUUAUAUUAAUACGCAUUGUCUGUAUACUUAAGAAAUAACAUUGUAUAUUUUUCUAAAUAUAAUUUGGAAAGAA